AUGAAACAAGUAAAAUCUUUAGGUAGAAAAAUAAUAAGGAGUAAUGAUCCUGCCAAAUUAUCUUCAUUAGAUGAAUUUAUUCCUAAAAAGAUUCGUAAUUUUGGUAUAGUUGCUCAUGUAGAUCAUGGAAAAAGUACAUUAGCUGAUAGGAUAUUACAGUUAGCAAAUGUUGUUGAUUCAAAUAUUAAGAUAUCACAAGUUCUUGAUAAAUUACAGAUCGAAAAGGAACGUGGUAUAACAGUAAAAGCACAAACAUGCUCAAUGAUAUAUAAAGAUUAUCUUAUUAAUUUAAUUGACACACCAGGACAUGUAGAUUUUAGUUUUGAAGUUGCUAGAAGUUUAGCAGCAUGUAAUGGUAUUGUUUUACUUGUUGCUGCAAAUCAAGGUGUUCAAGCACAAACAAUUUCAAAUUUUUGGUUAGCCUUUGAAAGAGAUCUUUCUAUGAUUCCUGUUAUAAAUAAAGUUGAUUUGAAAACAGCAAAUGUUAAAAAGGUACAAAAUGAAUUAAAAUUAUUAUUUGAUAUAGAUGAAAAAGAAAUAAUUCAUGUAUCUGCAAAAUCAGGAUUAAAUGUAUCAAAUGUGUUGGAUACUAUUAUUGAUAGACUUCCAUCACCUUCUGGAAAUCGAGAAGCUCCUUUUGAGGGAUUAAUUUUUGAUUCAUGGUAUGAACAAUUUCGAGGAGCUAUUCCUUUAAUACUUGUUAAAAAUGGUUCAAUAAGUAAAGGACAAAAGAUACAUUCUUUAAAUAAUAAUAAAUCUUAUGAAGUUGUCGAAGUUGGUGUUAUGCAUCCAGAUAUGGUUCCAUGCCAGGCUCUUUAUGCAGGCCAAGUUGGUUAUAUUAUAUGUAAUAUGAAAACAGUUAAAGAGGCUACUAUUGGAGAAACAUUAUUUGAUCCUACAUCUCCAGAACCCAUAAAAAACAUUGAAGUUUUUAAACCUAUUAAACCUACAAUAUAUGCUGGAUUGUAUCCUGUUGAAACUUCUAAUUACGAAAAUCUUAAAUUAGCCGUUGAAAGAUUAUGUUUGAAUGAUCCAUCUGUUACUAUAACUACUGACUCUUCACCCGCUCUUGGUUUAGGAUGGAAAGUUGGUUUUCUUGGUUUUCUUCAUAUGGAAGUUUUUAGCGCUAGAUUAAACCAAGAAUAUGAUGAAAAUGUUAUUUUAACAGCUCCAAAUGUUGAAUUUAAAGCUGAAAUAAUAGAUAAUGAAACUGUUCGUAAAAAGCGAUAUAAGGGACAAGGAGUUGUUACUAUAAUGGAUGUUUCUACAUUCCCUGAACAUACAGAUGUUAAAAGAUUUUUGGAACCUAUGAUUAAUCUUACAAUUUUAGUUCCAAAUGAGUACAUGUCUACAAUUAAUUUAAUAUGUUAUGAAAAACGUGGUAAAAAAGGUGAAGUAAAAUCUAUAGAUGAGGAUAGAAUGUUAAUAAUUUGGAGAAUGCCAUUAGCUGAAGUUGUAACAGGAUUUUUUGAAAAAAUAAAAUAUUUAACCAGUGGAUAUGCUUCAUUUGACUACGAGUUAGAUGGAUAUGAUGAAAUACAACUUACAAAAUUAGGAAUUUCUAUUAAUGAUAAAGAAAUUAAUGAAUUUUCAUUAGUUGUACCCUUACCUAUGGCUAAGAAUCGAGCAAAAGUUAUUGUAAAUAAGUUAAAAGAAGAAAUACCAAAACAACAAUAUGAAGUUAACAUUAAAGCAACUUUAGGAAAUUCAACAAAACCAGUUUAUAAUGCAACGAUUAAACCAUGGAAAAAAGAUUUUACUCAAUUAUUAAAAGGAAAUUUUGGUGGUGGUGGAAUGGAAAGACUUAACAAAAAAUUAAGUCAUCAAAAAAAAGGAAAAGAAAAAAUGAAAAACCUUGGGAAGAUUCAAGUUCCAAAAGAUGCUUUUAUAAACGUAUUAAAAAAUACAGACAAUUUUUGA